AGCGGGCGCACGAGCAAGCAGGAAGGCGCGUUCCGCGGCGGGGCGGCUGCGAGUGCGCGGCCAUGUACGCCUAGCGCUUGCUGCCCUGGGUGGCGCGGCUGAGGCCCACGGACCUUCAGCCGGGCCAAGAGCACCGGAGACAGUACAUCAGGCUCCUAUGUAAGAGAAAGACCGUGACCAUUCACCAUGGCGUAUGGCUUGCCAAGAAAGAACACAGUGCAAACCAUUUUGAAGGGCAGUUGUUACAAAAUACAGGAACCAUGGGACCUUGCAAAGCUCACAAAGACCUGGUACACAAACUUAGUGAACAUCAGGUUGCCGUUCUUGGGAGAAAUUGCUUUUGGUAGUCCUGUGAAGCUCACGCCAUGCAAAACCGUCAAGGAUGGCCUGCUCCCUUCAGCACAAUCCAUCAAACUCGAAAAUGAGUAUGAAAAAAAGCGCCUAGCAAAGCUGAAGUGUCAGGAGAACGCGCACAAGGAAAUGCAGGGUUUACUAAGGCAGCAGAGAGUCGGCUUGCGGAGACCUCUUCAACCCAAGUGAGCCGGUGUGCUGUUGAUCUGAACCUGCUUCCGGCGUCCACGGGGAUGGCCUCUGAUUCUCUCAUGGUAUCGGGCAGACACGGUGGUGCCUGUGGGUGACAUAGCGUGGUGGGUUCCUGCUACACUCUUGUUCCCUGUGCGCAUACGGCAGCCCUCCCUGUAAGUAGAUGAAAGACCACCUGGGGUUGAGUCAUUCUGUGUCGGUCAUUUCGUGCUUGUAAGAUGGCGUGGGGAAGAUGACGGUCCUUGUGAGAGGCUGCAUGCUGAAGAAACGUCUGGACAUGCAUCCUUGAGAUCCCAGGGAGAGUUCUCAGAAAGACGGUGAGAGAGAAGCUCCUCUCUUCACAGCGAGAAUCCGCACACUUUCAUCUGGUUAAGAAGCAGCUAGGUUUCAUUUCAGUGCCUCUGUGAUUAUUGAUUUCUGGUAAAGUAUCACUUAUUCUUCUAAUGUGGCACUUUAUUUUUUAACUUCUUAUUAUGUAGUACUUUAAAGAAAGACUUAUUCUAUUCUUGUUCUCCUGAAAAAAAAAUUGUCAAGCCACUUUCCUUCUCACUAAUGUU